CCUUCCUUGUCUUCUUGCUCCCGCACUCGCUCUCGCAUAAUAGAAGAAACUGUAGUAAAAUAUGAUAAGGUCAACUUGGACCAUUUCUUGAUAACUCAGAAGGUCAACAUAACAAAGUUGCAUUUUACAUUCAUCGGUUACUCUUCCCAGAAUACCUGCAGCCAUUUUUCUCAGUUUUUGUGAUUCCUUCAAUUGCUGACUUUGCAAACUCUGGCAGUUUCCAUUCCUUCUCAGGAAUGUCGGCUUAUGCGGCGCUGGUUUCUCUCCUCCAAAUUCUGGCAACCAUCCUUGAUGGCGGCAGAUCGUGGAGUAUUCACAACCGAGCUCAGCUCCACUCCCUCCACGAAAAGGUCAUUUUCUUUCUUGACUUUCUCGACAACUCUUCUACUUAUAAGGCUACCCAGAUAUCAGCGCUAGAAACAAAGAUGAGAGAGGCAGCUUACAGAGCAGAAGAUCUUCUCCAAUCCCAAAUAUCUCGCAUUUCGGGUUCCGCGAGUAGAAGGUUGCGCGUUUUAAUGGUAAUGACAAUGAUCAAUUUCCUUCUCUCCUUCGCCAUUUUAAGAAAUUGGAUUGAUGUGAGCUUGCCUCAAGCGAUGCCUGAUUGGAUCAAGAUUUUCAUGCUUCGUAUUUUAUUACCUGUUCUUGCUGCCAUCCCCAUUUGCACGAUCUUAGCCGUUGUUUUGAAUGUGGCCCUCCGAGAAAGCAAUUUUGAGGAAAUCAAUGGUAUUAGGGCGCAGGAAACUCAAGACCUACGUCUGGUGUUGUACGAUUUCAAUGUGAUGGUGAAAGAGGUGGUUAGAAUUAAGGGGGCCCGUGGCCGUGGUGAUGAUGACCUGGACAUGUCGGCUUAUGCAGCAUUGCUUUCUCUCAGGAAGAUUCUGGAUUCCAUCCUUGAAUCUGGUGAAGUGCGCAUGUCUCAUAACAGAGCCCAGAUCAAAUCCCUCCACGAAAAGGUGACUUUCUUGCUGGAUUUUCUAGAAAAUACUUCAGCUAAAUCAGCCCCACAAAUUCCGGAAGCAACAAUCACAGAUGCGGUCUAUAAGGCACAACAAAUAAUUGAAUUCCAGAUUCCCUCGCAGCUUAUUCUGGAUUCGGACAAGAGAAGGUUCCGUAGAUUAGUGAGAUUCAUAUUGCUGGCUAUAUUAUUUUCUGUCUUUGCGUCGGUCAGCUUGACCACAACCCGUGAUUGGACCCAGUUUCUGGUGGGUUGGGUUAUUGCAGUUGUUGGCUUUGGUGUUGUUGCAUUAGGCGCCAAUGUUUCCACGACCAAGAAUAAGAAUGAGAUGCUCGAAAAUAAAGAGCUGUGUCUGGUUAUAGAUGAUCUCAGUAUCAUCGUGAAAGAUGCGACUAAGAUUAAGGAUGCGUGUGGAGACCCGAGUGACCAAUUGCCAACAGCAUCUUCUUCGACUAAAAGGGAUUUGGGAGGCACUGGCAAAAAUGUUGUAGUGGGACUUGAAAGAGACAUGGAACAGAUAAAGGCUCGUUUGAUUCAAGAUUCGGCCAAUCUUGAGGUUAUUUCAAUUGUGGGAAUGGGAGGCAUUGGUAAAACUACCCUUGCUACCCAAGUUUACAAUGAUCUUGAUAUUGCGUUCUUCUUUGAUAUUCGUGCUUGGUUAACAAUAUCUCAGGAGUACUCCUUGCGCCAUGUCAUCCUAGGCCUUCUAGAUUCUGCAAGGAUACUCACAAAGCAAAUGCAGGAAGACAAUGAUGAAAGAUUGGGCGAGCAUCUCCACAAAAAUCUCAAGGGUAGAAGAUAUCUCAUUGUAAUAGAUGAUGUGUGGGACACAGAAAUUUGGGAUUUCUUGAGAAGAUUUAUGCCUGAUGAUCAUAACAGAAGUCGUGUCCUUUUGACUUCUCGGUUAUCAGAUGUGGCCAGUUACCCGGACUCUCGUAGCCCUCUUCAUCAAAUGCAAUGCCUUAAUGAAGAUGAAAGUUGGUACCUACUUCGUGAAAAGGUUUUUGGAGCAGAAGGUUGUCCUUUUCUAUUAGAAUCCAUUGGAAGGGAGAUUGCAAGGAGUUGUAGAGGACUUCCUCUUGCAAUUCUUGUAAUUGGAGGACUCUUGUAUAAGGACAAAAGAAGCCUAAUCUGGAGAGAAGUAGCAGAGAACUUAAGUUUAAAAUUGCGGCAAAUUGAAGAUCACUGUUUGGAGAUACUAGGUUUGAGCUAUAACCACCUGCCUCACCAUUUGAGACCAUGCUUCUUAUACAUGGGGGUUUUCUUGGGAGACGGUGAGAUCCCUGGCUCGAGACUCAUUAGCUUAUGGGCUGCAGAGGGGUUCUUGAAACCAUGUACAUCUAAAAGCUUGGAAGAGGUGGGUGAGGACUAUCUGAAAGAUCUCAUUGACCGGAACUUGAUUUUGGCUUGUAAGCGAAGCUGUAAUGGCAAGAUCAGAACAUAUAGAAUCCAUGAUCUAUUAAGGGAUGUUUGUGUGGAAAAUGCUAGCAAGGAAAACUUUUUUCUUGUUAUGGAUGGUGGUGGAUAUACAACCCGAGUACGGCCUGAACAGACUCCACGAAGACUAAGCAUUCGGCCUGAUGCUCUACAAGUUAAUGGCAGGCAUGACUUGAUAAGUUCAUAUUACUAUGUCCGUUCUUUCCUCUGUACUGCGAGUGAGCUUGUUCGUAACCCAUCUGUUGUCUACUUAGGUUUUCCCUAUCUCCGGGUACUAGAUGUACUUGCAUUUCACUUUGGUCAGUUUCCUCAUCAAAUUAUUAAACUUGUUUGUUUGAGAUAUCUUGCUUUCCAUUAUAAUGGUUCACUUCCUCCAUCCAUUUCCAAACUCCGUAAUCUUGAGACAAUUGUUCAUUACAAUUAUUCAUUCAACAAGUAUCCCAUGCUCCCUAGGGUGGUUUGGAGCAUGCCGAAUCUGAGGCAUCUCUAUGUCAGGCCAGGUUGCUACUUUUCUGAUCCUCUUGGUUAUCGACUUCAGUGGAAGAGUUCCAUUCUUGAACACUUGCAAACGCUCAUUGGGAUUAGAAACUUCAAGCUGAGCAAAUCCAUCAUCAAAAGAAUUCCAAAUCUGAAGAAAUUGGAAAUUUCAUAUGAUUCUGUGGAUUGGUCUAAAUACCAGCUGGAAUCCCUUGUUGAUCUACACCAACUCGAGACUUUGAAGAUCCUUACCAAGUCGCCUAUUUGCCAUGAUGCGCCAAAGCUUGCGUUCCCUGAAAAGCUUAAAAAACUGACUCUAAGUGGUUGUGGAAUUCCAUGGGCAAGCAUGACGGCCGUUGGUGCAUUGCCAAAUCUUGAAGCACUGAAGCUGAGAUGUGAAGCAUUUUGUGGUUCGUCCUGGGAGACUGUGGAAGGGGAGUUCCCCAAACUCAUGUUCCUGCUUCUGGAAGAGAUGAAUUUUACGAGUUGGAAAACUGAUGCAGAGCACUUCCCUCGUCUCCAGCGCCUUGUUAUAAGGUCGUGUGGCUUGCUAGAUGAGAUCCCUUUUGCUAUUGGUGAUAUUCCGACACUUGAGAUGAUCGAGUUGGUCAACUGCCAUCCUUGUGCUGUUGAUUCUGCAAAAGAAAUACAACGAGAACAAGCAAGCAUGGGAAAUGAGGACAUCAAAUUUGAUAUUGAACGGGGGAUUAAAUGAAUCUGGGGAAUCAAGAGGAGUAGGUGGAGCAGGAGUCUUUCAAGUUGUUCUUGAAAUGAAAAGGAGUUGGUAGAUGCAAUGCUUAGAAUGGUAUGUUUUGGAAUCAUGAAUCAGGAAUCAUGAUUCUUCAAGAUAAGUAGUUACUCCUUUAUAGCCACAAUGAUGUUGUGAAUUGAUGUAAUUGCUUGAGGCUUGGGCUAUAUUUAAUGCAUCAAAUUUUGUCUUC